GGCGGGAAACCCAAGCGGAAUCCCGCCACGCCACUCGUCUCCCGCCUCCCCCCGCGCGCGAACCAUCUCCCUCGUCGUCGUCGUCGGCGGCGGCGGAGGAAGCCCGAUGGCGCCGCUCGUGCCGUCCUCGCAGCCAUGGGUGGAGAAAUACCGGCCGAGGCAGGUGAAGGACGUGGCGCACCAGGAGGAGGUGGUUCGCGUGCUCACCACCACCCUCCAGACCGCCGACCUGCCGCACAUGCUGUUCUAUGGCCCGCCUGGCACCGGGAAGACCACCACCGCGCUUGCAAUUGCUUACCAGCUCUACGGUCCAGAGCUCUACAAAUCAAGGGUUCUAGAACUUAAUGCUAGCGAUGAGCGUGGAAUUAAUGUGGUGAGGACUAAGAUCAAGGACUUUGCUGCUGUCGCUGUUGGUACUGCACGAAAAGGUGGUUACCCCUGCCCACCAUACAAGAUUAUUAUACUAGAUGAAGCAGAUUCGAUGACAGAAGAUGCCCAGAAUGCUUUGAGGCGUACUAUGGAAACUUACUCCAAAGUGACAAGAUUCUUUUUCAUAUGCAAUUACAUCAGCAGGAUAAUAGAACCACUUGCAUCAAGAUGUGCAAAGUUUAGAUUCAAGCCUCUUUCAGAAGAAGUAAUGAGCAAUCGUAUUUUACAUAUAUGCAACGAAGAAGGGGUCAGUCUUGAUGCUCAGGCAUUGGCCACACUAAGCUCCAUCUCUAAUGGUGACCUCCGUCGUGCUAUAACCUAUCUUCAGAGUGCUGCUCGCUUGUUUGGAUCUUCUAUUUCUUCCACCGACUUGAUUAGUGUUUCAGGGGCUAUCCCUGAAGACGUUGUCAAGUCAUUGCUUGCGUCUUGCAAAUCUGGCGAAUUUGAUGUGGCAAACAAGGAAGUUAAUAAUAUUAUUGCAGAUGGAUAUCCCGUUUCACAGUUGAUCUCACAGUUUCUAGAUGUGAUAGUUCAUGCUGAUGAUAUUCCAGAUGAGCAGAAGGCAAGGAUAUGUAAAAAGCUUGGGGAAGCAGAUAAGUGCUUGGUCGAUGGAGCAGAUGAGUAUCUACAACUUUUGGAUGUGGCUAGUGAGACUAUCCGUGCUCUUUUUGACAUGCCACAAACGCUGGUCUUCUAAGAUAAGUCCAUGGAGAGGGAAUGUGUGCUGAUGAUCAUUUCUGCAAGAGAUAUCUUUUGUCUCCUUUCUAAGCUCAGGUUUUGGAGGAGGAUCCUUCUCUUGACAGACUGUUGUGCCUUUUUUUCUGCUUGUUAUGGGGGUUAAAUACUGUCAACUCCACCCUAGUAACCAACUGAAUUGUGCACCCGUGUGCCGAUCAAGGAAAGAAUGGUUUUUGACCAGUCAUCUU